UCCUCCCGUAUUUGAGCGCAGCGGUUGGCCGCGCGCACUCACACGUGCCCCGAUGGACAUUGACAGCCUGGUGGCCAACGGGGCUCUCGUCAGGGCCAGAGAAGGCGGCAGGAGUAAAGGCCGGAGCUGGAAAUGGCAGGAGCUGCUUCGCUUCCCGCACGUCAGCCGAUGUGCCAACAUAGCCGCCGGCAUUGAGCGGGACUACACGGACAUGUGCGUGGUGCAGCCCAUCGGCCGAAAACUCUUUGAGCAGUUCUGUCUCAGUCGAAACGACCUACGAAAGUACGGGGAGCUGCGACGGGCUCUGGACCAAUUUGAGCUGCAGCAAGAUGAAAACAGACGAGGAUUUGGACUUCACAUCGUUCAGGAGUUCUUCUCCAUUAAUACACCCCGGUUUGUCGCUGAGGUGUCCAAACACAAGCGAGGCUGCAUCUGGAGUCUGGAUCACGAAACCUGCAGUGACGUCUUCAGGGCUUGCCAAGAAGAUCUCCACACGUUCUUCAGUGGAGAACCUUUUCAGCAGUACCAGUGCAGCAUGUACUUUGACCGCUUCCUUCAGUGGAAGAUGCUAGAAAGGAGGCCGAUCACCAAGAACGAGUUCCGACAGUACAGAGUGCUGGGCAAAGGAGGCUUUGGAGAGGUGUGUGCAUGUCAGGUGCGGGCCACAGGGAUGAUGUACGCCUGCAAGAAGCUGGAGAAGACGCACGUGAAGAAGCGGCGAGGCGAGGACAUGGCACUCAACGAGAAAGAGAUCUUGGAGAUGGUGGACAGUCGCUUUGUGGUGAACCUGGCGUACGCCUACGAGACAAAGCGCGACCUGUGCUUGGUCCUCACCAUGAUGAGCGGCGGCGACCUGAAGUUUCACAUCUACAACAUGGGCGCGGCGGGACUGGACGCCCACCGCGUGCGACUUUACGCCGCCGAGGUCUGCUGCGGCCUCGAGCACCUGCACCGCAAGUCCAUCAUUUACAGGGACCUGAAGCCGGAGAAUAUCCUGUUGGACGAAAACGGACACAUCAGGAUUUCUGACCUGGGCCUCGCCAUCAGGCUGACCAAGAGCGGAGUGGUGCAAGGCCGCGUGGGCACACUGGGAUACAUGGCUCCAGAGGUGAUCGGUCGCGAGUAUUACGGCGCGAGUGCCGACUGGUGGGGUCUGGGCUGCUUGAUCUACGAGAUGACGGCGGGCCAGCCACUCCUCAGGAUGAAGGGCGAGCACCCUAAAAAGGCCGAAAUGGAGGACAGGAUCCAGACGAAGCAGGAGGAGUAUGGCGAGCGAUUCCAACCACGCGCCAGAGAUAUCUGCUCGCAGCUGCUGGUCAAAGACCCCAACAAGAGGCUGGGCUGCCAGACGUCAGGAGGCCGAGACGUUCGGGCGCAUCCUUUCUUCCGGGAGAUCAACUUCCGCAUGCUGGAGGCGGGGCUUGUGGAGCCGCCAUUUAAACCUGACCCAAGGUUGGUUUACUGCAGCGACGUGCAGGACAUCGAGGAGUUCUCCGCGGUGAAAGGCGUCACCAUCAACCAAGUAGACAACGACUUCUACGCCAAGUUCAACACGGGAAGCAGCCCGAUCGCCUGGCAGAACGAGCUCAUCGAGACAGGAUGUUUUAACGAACUCAACGUUUUUGGACCCAACGGUUCUCGGCCACCAGACCUGCAGUGGACGCAAGCGCCCGAGAGUCCAAAGAACGGCUUAUUCAACAAAAUCUUCCGCAAACUCCACCUCCCGGAGGCGACAGAGGACGGCCGACAGUGUCCCCUGCCAGACAACUACAUCGCGUCCGGAAUUCUGUCGGCGCGUGGUGCCAGCUUUUUAGUGUGUUAGCAUUAGCUCAGCCUGAUGGAGUUUGCCACAAGAUGUUUUGUAAAAGUACCGUACAGUGAACCCUCGCUAUUAUUACUAGGGACUAAAACAAAAAAAUGCUAAUGUUUUUUGAAUUAGUAUUUUUUAAACUUUGCCUAUAUUAAUGGUCGAAAGCCUAAAUAUACCCCAAACUAUGAUCCCAAAAUUCUUUAUCAUUUCAAUCACAUCUUGCAAAAUUACCCUGUGAUUUGAUUUCAAAGUGCAAGGACGCCAGCAUGUACAGUAUUUCACAAAAGUGAGUACACCCCGUCCACUUUCGUAAAUAUUUGAUUCUAUCUUUUCAUGGGAAACACUGAGGAAAUCCCACCAAAGUGUCCCUUCUUCAGUGUUGUCAGUAAAAAAAAUACCAAUUACUACUUUCCUGAAAGCCAUUUCUGACUUCUUUGACUAAGUGACACACCACAAAGGACCUGUUUCGGCUGAUCAGCUUGUUUUGGUCAAUGAUGACAAUAAUAGUCUGAUUAACCAAAUGUUGUCCAUGUAGCCUAUUUUUAUUUCAGUCCAUUAAAAAAAACAAAAAACAAGUGUACAAGAGAAGGAGCAGUGGAUGCAGCACGUGGGACUCGAACGCGACACACAACAUGGCAUUAAGAGUGUUGCGUCGUGCUGCCUGUCAAUCAAUAAUCAAAGCGAAAGAAAUGUUGGCCAAGUUGAGAACAUUUGCUUAGACAUUAUUGUAUCCGUUUUUGAAAUUUGAAUCUCAUUUCGUGAUUCCCAACCAGUGUGCAGGAAAUGAUCCAAUUUCACUUAAUUGGUUUACGAACUGCAAAUAAUGGAUGGAUGUUCAGCUCUGUAUCCCAGUAUAGUGACAGGCAGAACAAUUAAACCCUCUUCCACUAGAGGGCAGAAGGGACAUAAUUAACCCGUGUAUGGACUUUUAUUGUACGUUUCGGUUAAGGUUGGGAACCUGAACGAACUGAACUUCCUGUCUGCUACCGUGAGUGAAUAGUCCAAAUAAAGAUAAGGAGUUGCCCGUUUCCACGGGUGCGUGCGCGCGGGUCGCUCGUUCAUCCCUCCCAGGGCGGGCUGCGGCGCCCGUCCACCUCCGUCUCCACGUGGUACAACGCGUCGGCCAGCGUGUGCUCGAUUACGGCGCCCCAGCCCAUGUCGCUCAUCUGCGGAGAAACAGGAAGUGUCGGAAACGAGGGAUGGCGGCGGCGUUUGCGAGGCGGGGACGCUUACCGGCUGGAAGGUGACGUCCUUGGGGGCGUGUUUGAAGUGCGGACCGAAGUUGACGGACACCUGCAAGGACGACAACAAGGCCACGAUGGAUUUUUACUUUUUUUUUUUUUUUUUUUUUUUAAAUAGACAGGUGAUCCUGGUCAAAAUUAAUUUGUUAAAAGUUCAAAUGUGUAUAUAAAAUAUUUUUAAAUAAUAAACUAUACAGUGGCGUCUUCAG